AUGAUAAAGCUAAUUUUACGACCACUUAAUAUUGCAUCAGGGAAACUUUUUCUUGGGCGUGCGAGGUUUUACAGUUCUCCAAGUGGCCAAAUACCAUUUGAAAUCGAUGAAACUGACGACAAGUACAAAGAAUUGAAUAACUACUAUACGGAACUAUUUACAAACCCUAACCCAAGUAAGCAAAUAAAUGAUUCCAAUACAAGUAAAUCUGAACUUGAUGAGUUGAAUGAAGAAUUAAGGUCACUUUAUUCCGUAGACGUACUUACACCAGCUGAACUCGAAACUAAAGUUAAAUCGGAUGGCAGAUUCCUCAUAAGGAGCACUUCAACAAAUCCUUACUUCAACCUUGCGUUAGAAGACUAUGUUUUCCGUCACACACCUGUGAAUGAGCGUAAGAGCGGAAACCAGAGACUUCUGUUCUACACAAAUGAUAAAUGUGUAGUUAUUGGUAAAAACCAGAACCCAUGGAAAGAGCUAUACCUAAGAAAUGUUAAAGACAGAGGGUAUCAUUUCUUGAGACGCCAUUCUGGAGGUGGAGCUGUGGUUCAUGACCUGGGAAACGUUAACUACUCUUAUCUCACGACAAGAGAGAGCUUCCGCAGAGAAUUCUUUAACCAGCAAUUAGUAAAAUGGUUGAACAACGAUGAUAUCAAUUUGAAUGAACGUGGUGACUUAACGUAUAAAGGAUUCAAAAUAAGCGGAAGUGCCUUCAAGAUAGGAAGAGGAAAGGCUUAUCAUCAUGGUACAAUGCUUAUUAACUCUAAUUUGGAUGAGUUUAGAGGUCUUUUGAAGCCUGAUGCCAUUGCCAAUGUUGAAUGGUCAUGCAACAGUGUAGAGAGUGUUAGAUCUAAAGUGAGUAAUAUUGGCGGGAAAGUUGUUUCCUCUAUUGAUCACUUUUGUUCCAUCGUCACCAAUGAAUUUAGGGUAUUACAUGAGGAUCCAGAAAUACCGAUGUUUUAUUGCGAUGAAAACAGUUCUCUUCCUGAAAUAGAGGAAGCAAUGGAUGUAUUGAAAAGUGAAAAAUGGCAAUUCCUAUCUGGUCCAAAAUUUUCUGUUACAUGCAAUGACAUUACCAUAAAAGUUGACAAAGGUGUAAUUAUUGAAUCAGAUAUACCACAACUUGUUGGACAGCCGUUUUAUAAAUUUUACGAUGAGAUUAACGAGAAUGAUGAGAUAUUCCAUCAAUUACUGUAA